AUGCGAGAAUGUGUAUUUCGCGCUCUAUUACAAAAAAAUAUCUUCUAUUUUGAUACACAUACAACUGGAGAAUUAUCAACAAUUCUCAAUAUUAAUAUUAGUAAAAUACAUGAUGGUAUUGGUGAUAAAUUGGCUUUAUUAAUACAAUCGAUCGCUAAAUUUGUAAUUAGUUUGAUUGUUGCAUUCUUUCGUGGAUGGAAAAUGACUUUCGUUAUGCUUUCAUUAGCACCUUUUAUUUUGAUUGUAUCGAUUAUUUCAUCAAAAAUGUUUGGAAAAUUAUUCGCACAAGAAUUAAAAGCAUAUGAACGUGCCGGUGCUAUUUCUGAAGAAGUAUUUAGCAACGUGCGCACAGUUUUUGCCUUUAAUGGUACAAAACAUGAACAGACGAGAUAUGAAAAACAUAUUGAAUCUGCUCGAAAACAUGCUAUAAAAAAAGGAGCCAUCAGUGGAAUAAUUAUUGGUUUGAUGUAUUUUAUUUUUUUUGCUUCUUAUGCAAUUUCUUUUUGGUAUGGAAAUUAUUUGAUUCAUAAUGAAAAUUAUGAUAUAUCAAAUGUGAUUUUUAUAUUUUUUAAUGUUAUUAUGGCUUUAUUGUCACUUGGACGAAGUACAACAUAUCGUGAAUCGAUCAAUCAAGCAAAAAUUGCAGCUGCUCCCGUAUGGGAUAUACUUCGUCUAGAAGAACAAACGAUAUGUACUACCGAUCGGAAAAUACCAAACAUGAAUUUUUGUGGCAAAGUAAAAUUUAAUAAUGUAUUUUUCUCCUAUCCAUCAAGGCCGGAUAUGGUUGUUUUACGUGGUUUAACUUUCGAAGCAGAGGCUGGACAAACUUUAGCCUUAGUGGGAAAGUCGACGUGUAUGCAAUUAUUACAGCAAUUCUAUAAGCCAACUAGAGGACAAAUAAUGCUUGAUGAUCAAUCUAUCGAGUGUUUUGAUUCACAAGAAUUACAACGAAAAAUUGGUGUUGUUAAUCAAGAGCCGGUACUUUUUGCAACUACAAUUCUCAAAAAUAUUCAAUAUGGUCAACCGAAUGCAACUUUUGCUGAUAUUCAAGCAGCGGCCAUGACAGCUAAUGCACACAAUUUUAUUAUGUCUUUGCCUGAUAAAUAUGAUACAGUGGUCGGUGAAUAUGGUACGCAGCUUUCUGGGGGUGAACGACAGCGCAUUGUUAUUGCUCGAGCUCUAUUAAGAAAUCCAACAUUAUUAUUAUUAGACGAAGCUUCUAGUGCACUUGAUAAUCAAAGCGAAAAAAUGGUUCAACAAGCACUGGAGAAGGCAUCAAAAGCUCAAGUAUUUCAAGAACCAUUUGAUGAAGUUGAUGAUAAUAUAUCUUCAUCACCAGAAUUAACACCAUUUAUUAGUAAGAUAAUAUUACUUUUCUUUCAUGUUCAUUGGCCUUCGUUAGCUAUAUUAAAAAUGAAUCGACCAGAGAUAUUGUUAAUUAUAAUUGGUGCUCUUGCAUCUAUGUUCAACGGUGGUUUUGAAGUAGGAACUUGUGCUUUACUUGGUGAAAUAGUUGGAAAUUUCAUGUUUGCUUGUUCGGGUGAAGCUUUAACUAAACGCUUACGUGCUAAAGCAUUUCAAGCUAUUCUACGACAAGAAAUAGCUUGGUUUGAUCAUCCAGAUAAUAAUACCGGUGCACUCUGCACACGUUUAUCAAGUGAAGCAGCGACUAUUCAAGGAGUCGCAGGGGCACGUAUAGGUGUAAUCCUAUCUACUGUUGGAAAUUUAAGUGUUGGAAUAACUAUCGCAUUUAUUUUCGGUUGGAAAUUAAGUCUAGUAGCUUUAGGAUUUGUUCCUUUUAUGGUCAUCGGUAGUUUCUUACAAAUUCGUCUUAUGUACGGCUAUUCAAGUCAAAAUAACAAAGCAUUUCAAUGUGCUGGAUCGUUGGCUUUUCAAGCAUUACAGAAUAUUCGUACUUUAAGACAAUUGACAUUAGAAAUGCAAUUCAUUAAUGAUUAUUAUCAUCUACUUGAUAUUCCAUAUAGAUCAUCUAUUAGACGAACUUAUAUAUUUGCAUUGGCAUAUAGUUUUACUUCUUCAACCGCUUUCUUUUCAAUGGCAGCUGUAUUUUUUUACGGUGGUAUUCUUGUUAAACGAAAUGAAAUGUUAUUUAAAAAUGUCAUGAUAGUAGUGAAUUGUAUAAUAAUCGGUGCUCAAAGUGUUCCAUAUAGUGCUGCAAUGGUACCUGAUUAUGGAAAAGCUGUUUCAGCUGCACGAAGAAUGCUUGCAUUAUUUGCUCGAGAACCGAAAAUUUCUAUCGACUUACAUGGAUCGAAACUAAAAAACUUUACGGGUGAUAUUCAUUUCAAAGCAGUUAACUUUGCUUAUGCUACACGAUCACGUGUAUCAGUAUUGAAUAAUUUUAACCUUGAUAUCAAAAGUGGACAACGAGUAGCAAUUGUAGGCAUGAGUGGCAAUGGUAAAAGUACUUUAUUACAUCUUCUUGAACGUUUUUAUGACAUACAAAGUGGAUCAGUACUUAUUGAUACGAAAGAUCUACGUGAUAUUAAUUUGCAUUGGUGGCGUUCGCAAGUCGGAAUGGUCUCUCAAGAACCAACAUUAUUCAAUGUAUCGAUUGCAGAAAAUCUUGCUUAUGGUGAUUUAUCACGGCAAGUAACAAUUGAGGAGAUAAUUGAAGCAGCUAAAAAUGCGAAUAUCCAUGAUUUUAUCCAAAGGUUACCUCAGGGAUAUGAUACAUGUGUCGGCUUUAAAGGUGGUCAAUUAUCGGGUGGUCAAAAGCAACGCAUAGCAAUUGCACGAGUUUUAAUUCGAAAUCCAAAAGUGAUCUUAUUAGACGAAGCUACAUCGGCACUUGAUAGUGAAAGUGAAAAAGCUGUUAAUGAAGCAUUGACACAUGUUGUAACUGGUCGUUCUUCGAUCGUUGUAGCACAUCGUCUAUCGACUAUACAAGAUUCAGAUUUAAUAUGUGUGCUUCAUAAUGGACAUAUCGUUGAAACUGGAUCUCAUCAUCAAUUACUUACUAAAAAAGGCUACUAUUAUAAAUUAUCACAAUGUAUAAGAUAA